CAGACCACCAAGACAAUCUGUGAGAAGUUAGAGAAAAGCUCCCUCUGUGAGUUUUUCCUGAAGAACACAGACACCCUGGUAGACCUCAAUGGGGAUUUGUCUGAACAGGACAUACAAAGGAUGCUUUUUCACAUUAAUCAGCUUCAUGAAAUCAGGAUGGACCAGAACUUCCGGAUGGUGUUCUUGUUUCAGGAUGAACCAUAUUCUGGCUUCACUGAUGAGUUUAAUGAGCGACAGCCCAGAAUGCUACAGUUUCUUAAAGACCUGGAGGAGAAUGCUGUUCAGCUGGACAGCAUGAAUAAGGGGGCAAAGAUCUCCAGUGUGGUAGGCAGCUCAGUGGGGGCAGUUGGAGGUGUGCUUUCCAUCGUUGGUUUGGCAUUAAUUCCUGUGACAGCUGGAGUGUCUCUAGCUCUGACAAUGAUGGGGGUAGGGAUGGGAAUAACCAGCUGAGUCAACAGUGUUGUAACCACUGUCACAGAGAUUGGAGUUAACCGCAAACAUCAAAAGAAAGCCAGUGAAGUUUUCCAGAGGUUCACAGAGGAUGUGCUGAGUCUCCAGGGUUGUCUGGAGGUCACCCAAAGCCAAACAAGCCAGAUAGAUGUGGUUCUGGGAGUUGGCAAGGUGCUUUGUAAAGCUGGUGCUAUUGGAAAAGGUAUUGAUUCACUUGUUGAUGCUGCCUCCACUGUUAAGCUGUUAAAAAGUGAAGAGCUGGUGACAAGUGCUGGCAGAGUGGCAGUGCAGGAAGGAAAAGCAUUGUGUAAUGUGCCCAGGGUGGCAGCAGAUCUCCCAGAUAUUGGACAGGCAGCUGUCAAAGGACCUCUUGCCCUCUCCAAGUCAGCCAGGGCUGGUUUCAUCGUGCUCAAUGCUCUCUUUGUUGGCAUGGAUAUUAUCUUCAUCUGUAAAGACAGUAUGAGUCUGGCCAAAGGCAGCAAGACUGAAGUCUCACAGUUCAUCAGAGCCAGAGCUGCUCUUUGGAGCUCUGAGAUGGACUCAUGGCAGAGGAUUCAUGACUCACUGAGCAAAGGUCUGCAGCCAUCAGAGAAAAACAAAGCUAUCCUGGAGACGCCAUUUUAUCCAGAGCAGGAGAUGAAGAAACAAAAAGAAACAGAAACAGAAGUUCCAUCUGAUGAAGUGGAUGAAAAACCAGAAAUGGAAGAAAAAAAACUGUCUCAUACAGUAGUGCUCAGCAAAUAGAGACAAUUAUUGUUGGCAGCACCAAUCACAAUAUGCCUUGUUUCCAGCUCUGACACUAAAACCAGGUAGGAGAUCCAUUCAGUGUGUAGAAUUAAGUGGCAUCUGGCAGUGAGGUUACAGAACUAAAACUUGUCCCAUGUGCCAAACAUGUUAGAGAUCCAUGGUGGCUGAUGCAAAAACACAAAUGGCCCUAUCAGGAAUCAGUGUUUGGGUUGUCCAUUUCUGGCUACAGUAGAGUCACAUGGUGGACCUAUGUGGGAGAGGACCCGCUCCAUAUAUUGAUAUAUAUACGGCUUAUUCCAAGGUAAUGAAAUUCCAAUUAUUUUUGGCUUCAGGUGAUUGUAAACUUAUAGAAACAUAGUUAUGAAUAUUAUAUACUAUUUCUGCCAACAGAUGCCCAUAAACCCUACACACUAGAUAUAAUUGAUUGAUGCUUAAACAGUGUUUGAACACCGACUAUGGCUCCACAGUGGACCUCUUAUGAAGGAGUUGAUGCGGAGGCAGAAAAGCAGUUUGCAACUUUAUGAAGCAGUUUGAGUGAUGAUACAAACACGUUUG